ACAGGUAAGGGGUGGGGUCUGAGAUUGAGAACCUGUAUAAAUUGAAUGUCUCAAACUUAGACAAGCUACUUCAAGUUCCCAGCACCCUCCAGGCAGGUGUAAGGGACAGGUGUAGUUACCGUAAAAGGCUGUGACAGCAUCAGUGUCCAACAACAGAAAAAUGGCGAACCCAAGCGCUGUGUCCCUUCUGCUCCUCUUGUUGGGGACAAUUUCACACCAAAGCUUGGGCAAGGAAACCGCUUCGAAGAAGGAAAAGAGAAUACCCCAAACUUUAUCUCGAGGAUGGGGAGAUCAGCUGCACUGGGUGCAAACGUACGAGGAAGGUCUCUACAAAAGCAAGACUCAACGUAAACCACUGAUGGUUAUCUUUCACUUGGAAGAUUGUCCACACAGUCAAGCACUAAAGAAAGCAUUUGCUGCCCAUAAGGAAAUCCAGGAACUGUGUGAAGAAUUUAUUAUGCUAAACCUUAUUCAUGAAACUUCAGACAAACACCUUUCACCAGAUGGUCAGUACGUUCCCAGAUUCAUGUUUAUAGAUCCAACUCUGACAGUAAGAGCAGAUGUCAAAGGAAAGUAUGAAAAUCGUCAAUAUACAUACGAACCACAAGAUCUGGAUAUAUUGUAUGCCAAUAUGAAAAAAGUCUUGAAUUUGCUGAAACCUGAAUUAUGAGGAAACUUUGCAGAGCUGUUUGACCUCUGAGAGGCCUGGCAUUUCCCUUGUAAUAUGUUGGACUCAGUUAAUGGACAAAAUAUUUUUUUUUUUCAUAUGUGCACAUACCAUUUCUGCUAUGUUAGCACUGGUGCAAGUGCAGAAAUGAAUAACCUUGUAUGAUUAUAGCACUGUACUGAACUGUACUUACUGGACAGUUUGUGAAGUGGGUGAGUUGUGUGCCUUGAACUUGCUGUGUACUGAGUGUUUACACAUUUCAAAGUCAUCAUUAUCUAAUAAAAGUGUUUUUGUUUUGUC